AUGAUCUUUCAACAGUGUCUUAGUGCCUUAUUGGCCUUCUCCAUAGCUUCCGCUUAUUUGGACUUUGGCGUUGGAACAACAGAUUUAUUGUACUUCGAGCUCAGCAAAUCCACAUCUCCUUUCAGCUCCUUGUUCACUUCCAACUCAAGCAUCUCUCCGGUGCUUCAAGAAGCAGAUGUUCAACUAUCAAUCAAUGAUGUUGGAUCUUCAAGUUCUGCAAGCAUCACCUCCAAGUUCAAUAUUCUUUAUGGCGAGGCAACCGCAAUCUUUCAAGCAGCAAAAGGUGACACCUCAACAAGCUUCCUGAUUAAGGGAUCUAAUACAGAAAUGACCAUCGAAGUUCUGGGUAAUGACCCAAAAAAAGUGGUAGCUAUUUUAGGUGGAAAGACCUUAGCCUCUUAUAAUACCAACGUCGACAUGACUGAAGACUUCCAUGAAUACACCAUUGAUUUCACCCCAACUGAAAUGUACUUUGCUGUUGACGAUACUAUCAUUACCAGUGUAUCUUCCGGUGAAUCCAACUAUCCUAAUUAUGAUCCCGCAAGUUUAAAUUUUGUCAUCAUUGACCAAUCGGGAUCAGCGACAGAUGAUCAAGUUAGUGGAUACCUUAGGGAAUUUAAAGUGAUUGAUAGUAGCGGAGGUUACUGUUUUACUGGUGAUAAGGGCAAGCCAGCUAGUAUUGGUACUAAUACUCUUUGCAGCUACGGAUCUACCACCAGCACCAAUACCUUGAAGUUGAACACUUACACUGCUUCAGCUACUAUGUCGCCUUCUAGCACGAAAUCAACAACGAUCAAAGUAUCUACUACCACCAGCCAUAGCUCUACAAGCUCCAGUACCAAAAAGACUAUUUCCACCUCAGCGUCUCACUCAAUGUCUCACUCCAAUAAAACAUCCACAACUUCUCAAUCCCAUACCAUAACCACGGAUUCUCAAACUAAUGGCACAACCUCCACUUCAUUGACUAAAUCAACUAUUACGUCAACGUCCGGUUAUGAAAAUUCGACUAGAACUAGUUUGAAAAAUUCAACCAUUAUUUCUGGAACCACUUAUGGAAAUACAUCGAUUUCAAAAACUUCUGCAAAACUGACCAGCACAGAUUAUGUUGAGGAUGAUUCUACAAUUAUUAGAACAGUCACAUCAUGUGAACAUGAAACUUGCUCGAAAGCAGAAGUUACUACUGUUCUAUCAGACUAUGUUGCUUUAAGUACCUUAUCCGUUCAUUCCACCACUCACGUUAAAGUCACAGUGACUUCAUACAAUUCAUAUCCAGUCACCGUUGUCGUCACAAAGACUUCAAGCACAGAAUCUCAAGACACGUCCUCAAGCCAAUCAGCAGAAGAGAGUUCCAAAACCUUGGAGGCAACAGAUUCCACUAUACUGGGUUCACUGACUGUGUCUCUAUCUGUUGCUUCAGUAAUUACCAAAGAAAGUUCCCAUACCUCAACCACUGAUUCUACUGCGAGGGUCUCUCUGGGUCAUACUACCAAAUCAGAAACUGAUACGAAACACUCAUUGGCAGCUACGGAGUCUAUCUCAGCUUCUUCAAGUAGUUCUUCAGCGCAUAUCAAUGAUACCUCUAUUUAUAUUGGUGCUGGGAUGGCCCCUAAAUAUAUUGGCAGUACUUUUACCAUGGUGAUCACAUUUAUUAUUUCUUUCUUUUAUAUGAUUUAG